AUGGCCCCCAUCUCCCUGGCCUCUGGUCGUGCUUGGAGGAAAGCGCUUAAUCGCUCACACUUGGAGAAAAGGCCAGUGAUCCGGGCUGAGGUUGGUGACACCAUCCAGGUGGUCUUUUACAACCGUGCUUCCCAGCCAUUCAGUAUACAGCCUCAUGGAGUCUUCUAUGAGAAAGACUACGAGGGAACUGUGUACAAUGAUGGCUCAUCCUACCCUGGAUUGGUGGCCAAGCCCUUUGAGAAAGUAACAUACCACUGGACAGUCCCCUCCCAUGCUGGCCCUACUGCUCAGGAUCCUGCCUGUCUCACCUGGAUGUACUUCUCUGCUGCAGAUCCCAUAAGAGACACAAAUUCUGGUCUGGUGGGUCCCCUGUUGGUGUGCAAGACUGGUGCGUUGGGUGCAGAUGGCAAACAGAAAGGGGUGGAUAAGGAAUUUUUUCUCCUUUUUACUGUGUUGGAUGAGAACAAGAGCUGGUACAGCAAUGCCAAUCAAGCAGCUGCUAUGUUGGAUUCACGACUGCUCUCAGAGGAUGUCAAGGGUUUCCAAGACUCCAAUCGGAUGCAUGCCAUUAAUGGGUUUCUGUUCUCUAACUUGCCCAACCUGGACAUGUGCAAGGGUGACACAGUGGUCUGGCACCUGCUUGGCCUGGGCACAGAAACUGAUGUGCAUGGGGUCAUGUUCCAGGGCAACACUGUGAAGCUUCAGGGCAUGAGGAAGAGUGCAGCCAUGCUCUUUCCUCAUACCUUUGUCAUGGCCAUCAUGCAGCCUGACAACCCUGGGAUGUUUGAAAUUUACUGCCAGGCAGGCAGCCAUAGAGAAUCGGGGAUGAAAGCAGUCUAUAAUGUCUCCCAGUGUCCAGGCCAUCAAGCUGAUGAUCACCAACGAUACCAGGCUGCAAGAAUCUACUACAUCAUGGCAGAAGAGGUGGAGUGGGACUAUUGCCCUGACAGGAGCUGGGAACUGGAAUGGCACAAUCAGUCUGAGGAGGAAAGUUAUGGUCACAUCUUUCUGAGUAACCAGAAUGGGCUCCUGGGUUCCAGAUACAAGAAAGCUGUAUUCAGAGAAUACACUGAUGGUACAUUCAAGAUCCCUCGGCCACGGACUGGAUCAGAGGAACACUUGGGAAUAUUAGGUCCAUUUCUCAAAGGAGAGGUUGGUGAUAUCUUAACUGUGGUGUUCAAGAAUAAUGCCAGCCGUCCCUACUCUGUUCAUGCCCAUGGAGUGCUAGAAUCUAGCACUGGAUGGCCACUGGCUGCUGCACCUGGUGAGGUUCUCACUUACCAAUGGAACAUCCCAGAAAGAUCUGGCCCAGGGCCCAAUGAUUCAGCUUGUGUUUCCUGGAUCUAUUAUUCUGCAGUGGAUCCCAUCAAGGACAUGUAUAGUGGCCUGAUUGGACCUUUGGCCAUCUGCCAAAAGGGCACCCUGGAACCCUAUGGAGGCCGGAAUGACAUGGACCGAGAAUUUGCCUUGCUAUUCUUGAUCUUUGAUGAGAACCAGUCUUGGUAUCUGGAGGAGAAUGUAGCAAUCCAUGGGCCCCAGGAGCCAGGCCAUGUUAACCUACAGGAUGAGACUUUUCUGGAGAGCAAUAAAAUGCAUGCCAUUAAUGGAAAGCUCUACAGCAACCUCAGGGGUCUUACCAUGUACCAAGGGGAACGAGUAGCCUGGUACAUGCUGGCCAUGGGCCAAGAUAUUGACCUACAUACAGUCCACUUCCAUGCAGAGAGCUUCCUAUAUCGGAAUGGAGAGAGCUACCGGGCAGAUGUGGUGGAUCUGUUCCCAGGAACCUUUGAGGUUGUGGAGAUGGUAGCCAGCAACCCCGGGACAUGGCUGAUGCACUGCCAUGUUUCUGAUCAUGUCCAUGCUGGUAUGGAGACCCUCUUUACUGUCUUGUCCCAAAGAGAACACAUAAGCACUAUUACCACCAUUACCAAAGAGACUGGAAAUGCAAAAAUCCUCAGAGACAUUGGAGAAGGAAAUGUGAGGAUGCUGGGCAUGCAGAUCCCUGUAAAGAAUAUUGAGAUACUGGCUUCUGUUUUAAUUGGUAUGAAUGUCAUUCUCCUGCUCAUCGCUCUGGCUCUUAGUGGUGUGGUCUGGUACCAGUAUCGGCAAAGAAAGCUACGACGCAACAGAAGGUCCAUCCUGGAUGACAGCUUCAAGCUUCUGUCCCUCAAGAAGUAA